AUGCCCGCUCCCUCGACGUCUGGCGGCAAGUCCACGAGCGCCAUGACCGGCCACAAGCCUGUCCGCGACUCCGUCAAGGCCGGCCUCGUCUUCCCCGUCGCUCGCGUCAAGAAGCAGCUCAAGCAGGGCCGCUACGCUGACCGCAUCACGCGCACGUCGGCCGUCUACCUCGCUGCCGUCCUCGAGUACCUCGCUGCCGAGAUCCUCGAGCUCGCCGGCAACGCUGCCCGCGACAACAAGAAGCGCCGCGUCAUCCCGCGUCAUCUCCAGCUCGCCAUCCGCAACGACGAGGAGCUCGCGAGGCUCUGCCAGAACGCGGUCAUCUCGGAAGGCGGUGUCUUGCCGCACAUUCACGGCGAGCUCCUCCCGGACAAGCAUCCUCGCAAGGGCAAAGGGAAGGGCAAGAAGUCGAAGCAGGGCGAGGAGUCUGACUGA